UUGCUACACAAGUUAAAAAAGGGGAUUCUUCGAAUUAAAGGCAAAUGGGUACUGGACCAAAAUCUUUUAUGGAACAUAUUAAUAAUAUCGAAGUAGAGGAUUUGCAAUAUGUAGAAACAGAUUUAUGCUUUUAUCAAUUGGUCUCUUUGGGAUUCCUUUUAUAUGGCGAUGACAGAUCACGCACACAAUUUAUAUUACAAAGAUUAAUAAUAUUAUCACAUCAUCCUCCCCAAGGCAAAGGCCUUAGGGAAGGGGAACAGCUGACAGCAAGUGAUAUAUUAAGAAAUUAUGCUAAAUUAAAUCCCCAAACUUGGAGGUUACAUAUUGUAGAAGCUUUAGCUAUUAUAAAGGCUAAAAGGGUGCUGCGCAAAUUGGGUAUACCCUGGCUGGAAGUUUACCAUACAUUUUUGCCUCAUGUAGCGGAAAUAAGUGUGCACAUACAUCCCUUACUUAAGGCUUUGUAUACAAUUUGUGAGCGUUUAACGCCCGAUCAGGCGGGCAAGCUAGUUAAUGAUGUCAAUACAAAGUAUCACAACAGUCAAGAUUUACGUUUCUAUGAUUUAUCAUAUUUGGAAGUUUUCCUGCUAAACUGGCUGAGCAAACGUAUAAUAAAGAUUGGCGAUGAAAAACUUAAGGGCUGUAAUGUAGAAAUCCUCAUCGAGUAUUUUAAAUUUAAUGAUAUGGAUGGCAUUAAGGACUUACUGUACGAGACCAUAAAUCAAAAUUUCAAAAAUGAGCAACGUAAUAACAAGCCUUUACUUAAUACACGACAUUUAAGGGAUUCCUGUGUGGAUACGCCUCAGGAAUUGCAUAGCAGUGAAUGUAGCAAUCAUAAUAACGUUGCCAUUGCGCAGCAGCCUCACACAGUACAACAGCAGGAGUUUGAUAGUACGGAACGUUAUGCAAUUAGUAAAAAAAGUGCCGGCUAUGUAUUGAUUAUAAAUCAAAGUAAAUUUUAUAAAGAAACAGAUCCAAAAUAUCGGCAUCUCGUACCAGUUAUGUACGAUUCCAUAGCCAAUCGUAGCGGUACCAAUGUGGAUCGUGACAAACUUAAGGAUCUCUACUCCUCCUUCGGCUAUAUACCUUUGCCAUUUGAAAAUCUUACACAUUUAGAGAUGUUACAUCAGAUACGUGAAACUGUUAAGAAAAGUCUACUUAAAGAUUCCUUAAUCAUUUGUAUACUAUCACAUGGCAUGGAGGGUGUUGUUUUUGGUUGCAAUAGUGUGCCGGUGGCAAUAACUGAAAUUAAGGAGGUAUUAACGGCGGACACUUUAAAGGGCAAACCAAAAAUUCUGAUCAUACAAGCAUGCCAGAGAAACAUUUGUACUGUGAAUACGAAAAGUUCCACAUCUAUAACAGAUUUUUCACCCGAUGCCUAUGCUGACAUAUUAUUGGCCAUGUCAUCUAUACCGGGUACCGAUGCUUUACGUCAUACUGAACAUGGCAGUUGGUUUGUGGACUCUUUGUAUAAAUUUACCCAGAAAUAUGGUGACUGCAAACAUAUGUUGGAUAUUUUAACAGCGGUAACACGUGAUAUAUCUAGGCGCAAGGGCGAUGCAAAUCAAGUUAUGUUACCCUCCACCAGUAGCACAAUGCGUAAAGAACUUUAUUUGCCCAGUAGAGUAAUGAGCAGUCGAAAAAAAAAUAUUAUGGAGCGUAUAAAUGAAAUAGACCUGGAGGAUUUACAAUAUGUAGAAGCUGAUUUAAGCUUUUAUCAAUUGGUUUCUUUGAGCUUCCUAUUGUAUGGUGAAGAUAGAUCCGGCAUUGAAUUUAUACUACAAAAAUUAAUAGUACUCUCGCAGCACCCUCCCCAAGGCCAGGGCCUUAAAGCAACUGAUCAAAUUGUAAGAAGUGAUAUAUUAAUAAAUUAUACCAAAUUAAAUCCUCAUACAUGGAGGUUAAAUAUUGUGGAAGCUUUAGCUAUUAUAAGGGCCAAAAGGGUGUUACGCAAAUUGGGUUUACACUGGCAAGAUAUAUAUCAUCACUAUUUGCCCAAUGUUGCCGAAAUAAGUGUUUACAUACAUCCCUUGCUCAAGGCUUUAUAUAAAAUUUGCGAACGUUUAACACCCGAUCAGGCCGGCCGGCUCAUAAACUACAUCAAUACAAAAUAUACAAACUGUCAACAUUUACGUUUCUAUGAUUCUUCAUAUUUGGAGGUAUUUCUUAUCAAUUGGAUGUCAAAACGUGUCAUUACCAUUGGCGAUAGGUAUUUGGAAGACUGUAAUGUACAGAUACUUAUUGAAUAUUUUAAAUUUAAUGAUAUGGAUUCGAUCAAGGACAUAUUACUAGAGACCAUAAAUCAACAAUUAAAUGAAAAACCUACUACAGACAGUGAAACAUUAAAUGUUGUGACACAACCGGAGGCAAAGAGUACUUAUAAGGAUUCUGGUAUAUCUAUGUCUUCCGAUUCAUGUGCUGUCGCUAGUAAUAUUGUAGAGGCAGAGUUAUCAGACGAUUUUGAUGCUGCUGAACGGUAUAAAAUUAGUAAAGAAAAUGCUGGUCAUAUUUUGAUAAUAAAUCAAAAUACAUUUUAUGAAGAAACUGAUCCGAAAUUACAGCACCUGUUACCUGAUAUAAAAUUCAAAACCACGCGAAGAGGUACCGAUGUUGAUCGUGAUAAACUUAAAGAACUCUUUUCCUCAUACGGCUAUAUUCCACACGUAUUCAAUAAUCUCACACAUACGGAGAUUUUACAUCACAUACGGGAAACGGUUAAGAAAAGUCUUCUCAAAGAUUCGAUUAUUAUUUGUAUACUAACGCAUGGUAUGGAGGGUGCUGUUUAUGGCUGUAAUUCUAUACCGGUAGCAAUAACGGAUAUAAAGGAGAUAUUAACAGCUGACACCUUAAAAGGAAAGCCAAAAAUUGUUUUAUUACAAGCAUGCCAAAGAUAUGAUCCUAAAGUCGAUACGACUAGUUCCAAAGUUAUAGAAAAUUUUUCACCAGAUGCUUAUGCCGACAUGUUGUGGGGCAUGUCUGCUAUAAAAGGCACUGAAUCUUUGCGUGAUCCAACCCAAGGCAGUUGGUUUGUUGAAUCAAUCUGUAAAUUUAUACAAAAAUAUGGCAAAUGCAAGCAUAUGUUGGAUAUUUUAACGUUUGUUACCAAUGAUAUUUCGAAGAAAAAAACCGGUUAUGAUGAUGUUAUGUUGCCAGAAACCAAUACAACAUUGCGCAAAGAGCUAUAUUUGCCUGUCUAAGUUUGUUUUACU